ACUAGAGUUGGGGCAGAGUGGAGAAAACAGGCUCGGGUUUCGUGUGGUGAGACGCCUGCCUGUCAUAAUGUUUGCCGCUUGACUCACGGUAGGAUAUAUGCUUUCGGGUCAUUCCGGUAGCUGCUCAAAAACUAUUUCUACGUCAGCUCUUUGAAAAGACAGUUCAGAGGGCAUCAAAGGCACGCGCCUUCUUUAACAGACUCGCACCAACUGUGCCUCAUAUCGCUUCGGACAUUCGCUUCACUCGGGCGAGUCGGCGUAGCUGGUGAUUUAUUAUUAGGAAGCUUGGCUGGAGCAAGGAAUCCCCUACGCUUGCCAUUACGAGCUAACCCAUUUAGCUCCACGCCUGCCCCGUUUCAAGAUCGUCGACUUAUAAUCAACAGGCUACUUCGAAAACAGCAAGACGGAGUUAUUCUAUUGGCUGAUGGCAUCUGAGACCCGCCCGGGGGAGCACGGAGGGGGAGGCGAGGCCGCGCGCACUCGAUGAGGCGGCGUUCCAAAGAAAGGGGAGAAGGAUGGAGAGAGGAAGUGCAUGGAACGAGUGAAGAAGAGAAGGAGUGUAUUGUCAUUAAGGGCACCAUGGGGGAAGGCAUGGUAUCGGCGGGCCAUCAGGUGAUGGUGUCAUCGCGACUGUGGAAAUGUCUUCGCGUACUGCUCGUCCUGCUCGCCAUCGUGGCCAUCCUGCUCGCCAUCGCCCUCAUCAGCGUCAUCAUCAAGCGGAACGAGAAACCGCUCUGUGCGGAAGGCAAGUCCGUCAUCCCACGCAAUCUGGACAAACCGGGCAUAUUCGAAGACCUGACUCCUAACGAAAUGAAGAUUGUCAGAGACUACAUGCAGUCUCAGAAAAGCCUCAAGCUGAAGCCUUACAACGAAGCCACCUUAAACAGCAGCUACAUAUACUUGAUCGAUCUUCAACUUCCCAUAAAGGCAGGGGUGCUGAAGUAUUUAGACGGAGGCCAUAGAGAGCCAGAGCGAGCUGCCAAGGUGGUACUGUAUCGGGGGGAUAUGAAUCCUCCCAGAGUUGAGGAGUACCAUGUGGGUCCUCUACCCCGACCCCGGUAUCACAGGCUGGUAGCUAACCCAAUCUACAGACGAAUACCCAUCCCCUUCACCAGUCGUCCCGUGGAUCUGGUAGAAUAUAACCACCUGUACGCCAUGCUCAGUGAUAUAUCUAAGACGCUGUACCCCGUGCUGAUGGACAGCUACCGCUUGAGCUACCACAACUGCACUAAAGGUGUGGACUGCAUGUUGUUCUACGACGUGGCACCGAGGGGCAUCAAGAGCAACGACAGGAAGAGUUGGUUCUGGGCUUUUAGAGGAGUAGAAGGAUUCUAUUUACAUCCUCUUGGAUUUGAGAUUCAGAUUAAUCAUGAGUCUAUCAAUGUUAGCGACUGGUCCGUGACGAAGUUGGUUUAUAAUGGACAGAUGUUCAGCAGCGUGAAUGCUUUUGAUGAUUCUUACAGGAGGAAUCGUUUGAAGAAAAUUAAUCUGUUCAUGGACAAAUACGACAGUGUAUACUCCUCCUACAAACGCCGGGGACUAAAUGAUUAUGACGUGCCGGUGCGGGGCCCGCGAUUGGUCGAGCCAGAUGGAAGGAGGUAUAGCAUAGACGGGCAGCACGUUCAGUACUUCGGCUGGAACAUGAACUUCAGAGCUAGGACCUCAACUGGUCUUCAACUGUUUGAUAUUCGAUUCCAAGGCGAAAGAAUAGCCUAUGAAAUAAGCCUUCAGGACGCAAUAGUGUAUUACACAGGGUAUGGGCCUGUGGCAGGUUCAACCAAUUAUUUUGACACCUCUUGGCUUCUUGGGGCUUCCUCUUUUGAACUGAUGCCAGGCGUGGACUGCCCAGCCACUGCAACCUUUCACGACACCUACCAUUUUGCCGGGUCUGGGGAGCCAUUGCGUUCCAGGAACGCCAUCUGUAUAUUCGAGCAGAAUUCAGGUCUGCCGUUGCGUCGUCAUUACGCUAAUGAUUUCAAUGGUGGCUAUGGCUUUUAUGGCGGACUUGUAGACAACUACCUCGUUAUAAGGACAAUAGCAAACAUAUGGAACUACGAUUACAUAUUUGAUUAUAUAUUCCAUUUAAAUGGCGCCGUGGAGAUCAAAGUAGCCCUGACAGGCUACGUCCAAGCUACGUAUGGACUGCAACAAGAACGAGCCUACGGCAACUUCAUCCACUCAAACGUCAUUGCCACUCUCCACCAACACCUGUUCCAUUAUAAAAUUGACAUGGACAUCGUAGGCACCAAAAACAGAUUCGCCAAGGUAGACAUCUCAAGAGAGACCAUAUCCCACCCAUGGUAUCCAGGUCGGAACAAAACCCAGAUGAAGUUCACAAAGAGAGACAAACAAACUGAAAAGGAUGCCAUUCUGGAAUAUGAUUUCGACAAACCUGGCUAUAGUAUUAUCUACAACGCCAACGCUAAAAAUAACUGGGGCGUCUCACGAGGAUACAGAAUUCAACACAACGCCAUGACCAAGUUCGUCCUCGACGGCGUUGACGUCACCCAGGCGGCGGGCUGGUCCAAGUACCAAAUGGCGGUUACCAGAUUCCAAGACGUUGAGGAGACCAGCUCUUCAAUCUACGCACAAAACGACCCCUUCGACCCUGUGGUGGACUUCAGAAGGUUCUUGGAUAACGAUGAACCCAUUGUGGACGAGGAUCUCGUCCUCUGGCUUACGGCUGGCGUGCACCACAUACCGCACGCCGAGGAUGUUCCGUCGACAACGACAACCGGAAACCAGUAUAGCAUCUUUUUACGACCAUACAACUAUUUCGACGAAUGUCCCAGUACGACUGUUUCGGAUGCAAUCCAUGUCCAACCAAGCGCACAUUAUGAAAAAAUCAAAAUAGACACGUUUGGUGUCGCGGAAGGAUCGAACUGUUUUGCUAACGAGAUUCCGUUCAGUGUGUUUAACGGCUCAAGAUCCCCUGCUUAAAAACCCUUGCUCAAUGAAUGUAAUACUUGUUGUUAUUUUCUAUCACGUUCAAGUUUAGAUGUUUUACUGUUAAGGAAUGGAAUAUACCUGUAUGUUUAAGUUUGUAUUUUCUUUUCAUACAUGCUUAUAAGUUAUUAUAUUUCAGUUUUAGAGUCGAAAAUAUUUCUUCAUUUAAUCCAACCUUAUGUAGUCAGUAGUCGGAAACAUAUAAAACUAGACACGCAGACCCUAGAGAAUAAAUGAAAAAUAAGAAUCCAGCUCAGGGCUUGAGUGAUUUGGGAAGUCUGGAUUGCUUCAGCCUGAACUUAGAUAUUAUUCUGGAUCAAUUAGGAUCUGAUUUUCUAUUUUUUAGAUAUCUAAUACAGAUAUUUAAACAGGAUAACUUUAUUUCUGGGACUACGAGUGUUAGUCUGAUAAGAAACAUGCUGAUGUAUUUGUUUCAAAGAAAUACCAUAUACAACCAAGAAAUAUUAAUCAGUAUCAUGUCACGAAAUCAUCAUUGAAAGCCCUCAUGUUGAUUUUCCAAUAUUUUCCAUUUGUGUAUGUUUAUGAAAAACCAAUCAGUAAAUGCACAAUUUAAUCAGAAAAUAAUAUCGGUUAAAACAUUUCUCUUGUUUUUUUCGUCAUAGUUUUGUUUAUGGAACUAAACUAUUUGUAUUGCAGUGAGCGCGAAUAUAUGCACUCACAACCGUAUAGGCAUUGACAUAUUCUACUCAAAAAACGUAAGGAUCAACUGAUUCUUAUAUAUUACCAUUGUUAAUCUGUCCUGACGUGACAAGUACUUCAUAUUCCCAUGGUUAAUCUGUCUUUGGCAUGUGAAAGAGUCGGGGGGGGUCCUUAACUUUUUUUGAGCAGUAUAUGUAAAAAGCUGGUGUAAGAACCUCAGAUACCACAAUACCUUGGUACAGUUGCCCUACUCCCUCGGGGAGGGCGAGAAACAAGUCUCGUUCAUUCAGCCUCGAUUAUCCAGAGUAUAUGUUCCUUUAUAAGACCUUGGUACAGUUGCCCUACUCCCUCGGGGAGGGCGAGAAACAAGUCUCGUUCAUUCAGCCUCGAUUAUCCAGAGUAUAUGUUCCUUUAUAAGACCUUGGUACAGUUGCCCUACUCCCUCGGGGAGGGCGAGAAACAAGUCUCGUUCAUUCAGCCUCGAUUAUCCAGAGUAUAUGUUCCUUUAUAAGACCUUGGUACAGUUGCCCUACUCCCUCGGGGAGGGCGAGAAACAAGUCUCGUUCAUUCAGCCUCGAUUAUCCAGAGUAUAUGUUCCUUUAUAAGACCUUGGUACAGUUGCCCUACUCCCUCGGGGAGGGCGAGAAACAAGUCUCAUGCAUUCAGCCUCGAUUAUCCAGAGUAUAUGUUCCUUUAUAAGACCUUGGUACAGUUGCCCUACUCCCUCGGGGAGGGCGAGAAACAAGUCUCGUUCAUUCAGCCUCGAUUAUCCAGAGUAUAUGUUCCUUUAUAAGACCUUGGUACAGUUGCCCUACUCCCUCGGGGAGGGCGAGAAACAAGUCUCGUUCAUUCAGCCUCGAUUAUCCAGAGUAUAUGUUCCUUUAUAAGACCUUGGUACAGUUGCCCUACUCCCUCGGGGAGGGCGAGAAACAAGUCUCGUUCAUUCAGCCUCGAUUAUCCAGAGUAUAUGUUCCUUUAUAAGACCUUGGUACAGUUGCCCUACUCCCUCGGGGAGGGCGAGAAACAAGUCUCGUUCAUUCAGCCUCGAUUAUCCAGAGUAUAUAUCCCUGUAUAAGACCUUGGUACAGUUGCCCCACUCCCUCGGGGAGGGCGAGAAACAAGUCUCAUGCAUUCAGCCUCGAUUAUCCAGAGUAUAUGUUCCUGUAUAAGACCGUGAGACUGCUCUGUGGAAUCCCAUGGCAUCAUUCUGUGAAGAGGUGCCAACAGUGAUGAUGCUCGAGAACGAUGGAAACAAUUUCUCAUAAACAUUACAUUUUUCAUGGACAUCAUUCUCCAAUUCGAUUAUUCGAUGUUUCUACUUUGAUAUAUACGGAGGUUCUUGAUUCAUCAUGCUUGAGUUGUGGAAAAGACAACCAUGCCAGUCAGAAUGUCAACGAUCAAACAUGUCCAUUAGAUAAUCAGAUGAUCAGUCUUCUCAUUCUUAUUAAAAAGAAUGUCAUACAGUUUGUGUCGAAAUAUUGUCACAAUGGUAAAUAAAAUCAUUUGGAAAAGUC